AUGCCGUGUGCCUGGGCCACAGCUAAGCUAGUUACAUUACACGACCUAUCAAUCAUGAAAGAGGAUAAUGAGCCAAGCUCCGGCGACAGUCUGUUCAGCGACGAGUCGGCUGCUGGCCCAGUGGAACCCAAGUAUCGGGUGGCGGAGGGAGCUGACGGUCACAGUCACGGACAUGUACUGGAAGAGACAUUUGACGACGAUGGAACUGUCCCGGGAAAUGGCAUGUUUGUCUCGGGCUAUUACGAUGGAUGUUGUUCUGGAGAUGAUUUUGGCGGCGACAUGGUAAUGGACAGGUUGCGCAGCAAGCCUAAGCCUGUCGCAGCUAUGUUCGUCCAUGCCGGCGCCGGAUUCCACAGCCAUACAAACGAGGAAUAUCAUCUGGAAGCAUGCCGUCGAGCUGCACAACUCGGAAUGGCCAAGAUGAACGCUGGCGGCUCUGCUGUUGAUGCCGUCGUUGAGGCUACCAAAUGCCUCGAGGACAACACGAUCACAAAUGCAGGUGUUGGCAGCAAUUUAUGUCUUGACGGCACAGUGGAAUGCGAUGCUACAGUGGUGGACCACAACGGUCGGAGUGGUGCCGUUGGCGCAUGUUCCCACGUUCGGUAUCCUGUCAUGCUCGCCGAAAAAAUCCUCAUCGAAUCAUACAAAGUGUUGGCACUCAGGCGGAUCUCACCCAUACUCCUUGUUGGUGAGGGUGCUCGACAAUACGCCAAGGAGCAUGGCAUAAAGGUCGUUGAUAAUGAGGAGAUGGUCACUAUCAACGCAAGAGAUCGUUGGGAAAAAUGGACCGAGGAACUGAGAAAGGCAACGGGCAGCCCACGCCACUCAGCACCUUCUGGCAUGCACAUGCCUGGACGUUUUGAUCAUAGCGCUGCCUUGUUAACAGGUACUUUCAACGAAGGUCAACCCGACUCCCCUCGAAAUGGGAUCGGUGCCUCAUCCACAAGCAACAACCGUACUGAGGCCGCUGUUCCAACUCGUCAACGACAGUCAAUGACACCUGAAACUCAGGGCGCGCAAGUUUGCAGCGUGAGCACUGGAUCCCCUCCCGCCAAGCGAAUCCGUGUCAUGGAACCAACCCUGGUCACUUCAUCUUUGAACACCCCAGUGACGCCGACUCGAACUUCCCAUACAACUGGAGAUCAGCUUGAUAGGGCACAAGCUUCCCAGGAUAUGAAACCCGAGGACGAGAUAUACGACACGGUCGGUGUCAUCGCCAUUGACUACCAAGGUCGUAUCGCAGCCGCCUCCUCAUCCGGAGGCAUCGGCAUGAAGCACCGCGGGCGUGUCGGCCCAGCGGCACUGGUUGGUAUCGGCACGGCGGUGAUUCCGGCAGACGAGGGUGACAAAUCGGGCACGACCGUCGCGGCCGUAACAUCCGGGACGGGCGAGCACAUGGCGACUUCGAUGGCGGCAUACAAGUGUGCCGAGCGACUGUAUCUCUCUACAGUGCGAGGCAGAGAUGGCUCCGAUGUGCCGCUGGACAGCGAGGCUAAGAUUCUUACGUCUUUCAUAGACCACGAUUUCAUGGCUCAUCCGGGCGUCCGGAACCAGGAGUCACGGCCCGCCAUCGGCAUCAUGGCUGUCAAGAAGACAUCUAGGGGCUACUAUUUCACUUUUGGACACAACACAGAAUCUUUUGCUGUUGCAUCCUUUGCUUCGACUGAGAAAGAACCUCGCUGUACCAUGUCUCGCGUCCCCGAGACUAGACACGGUCGGCAUAGACCCGUGGCUGGUGGUCUCAAGAUUUCGAUCUGA